AUGACUAACCUACCUUCCGAGCCCGAGUUCGAGCAAGCCUACAAGGAGCUCUCCUCGACCCUCGAGAACUCUUCCCUCUUCGAGAAGAAUCCAGAGUACAAGACUGCUCUCGCCGUAUCUGCCAUUCCCGAGCGAAUCAUCCAGUUCAGAGUUGUCUGGGAAGAUGACAAGGGUCAAUUGCAAGUCAACAGAGGUUACAGAGUGCAGUUCAACUCCGCUCUAGGCCCAUACAAAGGUGGACUCAGAUUUCACCCAACAGUGAAUCUAUCCGUGCUCAAGUUCUUGGGUUUCGAGCAGAUUUUCAAGAAUGCCUUGACUGGCUUGAACAUGGGUGGUGGAAAAGGUGGCGCAGACUUUGACCCCAAGGGCAAGUCGGACAAUGAGAUCAGAAGGUUCUGCCAGUCUUUCAUGAGUGAGCUCGGCAAGCAUAUCGGAGGCAACAUUGAUGUACCCGAAAUAGCUGGUGAUAUUGGUGUCGGAGGUCGAGAAAUUGGCUACCUCUUUGGACAGUACAAGAAGCAAACCAAAACCUGGGAAGGUGUCUUGACUGGCAAGGGUGGUGCCUGGGGUGGUUCUCUGAUCAGACCAGAGGCUACUGGUUACGGCUGCGUCUAUUACGUCGACCACAUGAUCAAGUACGCCAGUGGUGGCAAGGACUCUUUCGCAGGAAAGAAAGUCACGAUCUCAGGAUCUGGCAACGUCGCGCAAUUCGCAGCUCUAAAGGUUAUUGAGCUCGGUGGCACCGUCGUAUCCCUAUCCGAUAGCAAAGGCUCAAUAAUCGCAACAGAAGGAAAAGGCAUUACACCAGACAUGAUCAACAUCAUCGCAGACCUCAAGCUCAAGAGAAAGGCGCUCGCCGAUAUUGUCAGCACCAAGGACUUCAGCGAAGUCAAGUACGUCGAGGGCGCCAGGCCAUGGACUCACGUCGGCAACGUCGACGUCGCACUCCCAUCUGCCACGCAAAACGAAGUCUCCGGCGAAGAAGCCGAAGCCCUGAUCAAGGCAGGCUGCAGAUUCAUCGCCGAAGGCAGCAACAUGGGCUGCACCCAGGAAGCCAUCGACGCCUUCGAGAAGACAAGGUCAGAGAAGGGAGCCGACGCCCUCUGGUAUGCACCAGGCAAGGCUGCGAACGCUGGUGGUGUCGCUGUAUCAGGUCUCGAGAUGGCACAGAACUCCGCACGCAUAAAGUGGACCUCUGAGGAGGUGGACGCUAAGCUCAAGGACAUCAUGAAGAACUGCUUCGAGAACUGCCUAAACACUGCAAAGGAGUACAUAACGCCAAAAGAGGGUGAACAUCCUUCCCUGGUUGCUGGUGCAAAUAUCGCGGGAGCAGUCAAGGUAUUCAGAGCCAUGCACGAUCAGGGUGAUUGGUGGCACUAA